GAAUCUACUGGACACGACAACAAUCACAGGAGACUGGGGCUGGCUAACGUAUCCAUCACAUGGGUGGGAUGCCAUUAAUGAGAUGGAUGAGUACUUCAGUCCUAUCCACACGUACCAGGUCUGUAACGUGAUGAGCCCCAGCCAGAACAACUGGCUGAGGACGGCCUGGAUCCCUCGAGAAGGAGCAAGGAGGAUCUACAUCGAGGUCAAGUUCACCCUGAGAGACUGCAACAGCAUGCCUGGAGUACUGGGCACCUGCAAGGAAACCUUCAACCUGUACUACUACGAGUCUGACAGAGCGGUAGGCUCGGCCAUACGGGAGAACCAGUUCAUAAAGAUUGACACCAUCGCUGCUGACGAGAGCUUCACCGGGGUGGACCUAGGAGUCCGCAGACUCAAACUCAACACUGAGGUGCGAGGUGUGGGCCCUCUGACCAGGCGAGGCUUCUACCUGGCUUUCCAGGACAUUGGCGCCUGCAUCGCUCUCACUUCUGUGCGAGUAUACUACAAACGCUGCGUGGGCGUGAGCCGUAACCUGGCGGUGUUCACUGAUGUGGUGACGGGGGCCGACUCGUCCUCUCUAGUGGAGGUCAGGGGUCAGUGUGUGGAUCACGCAGAGGAGAGGGACACACCCAAAAUGUACUGCAGCGCUGAGGGGGAGUGGCUGGUGCCCAUUGGGAGGUGUGUGUGCUCCGCUGGAUUUGAAGAACAUAGAGACUCCUGCGUGGCCUGUGAGGUGGGUUUCUAUAAGCCGGUGGCGGGCGAUGGGCUGUGUGGUAAAUGUCCUCAACACAGCCACUCAGAGACCAGAGCUGCCCUCUCCUGCCCCUGCGACUCCAACUACUAUCGUGCGGCAGAUGACCCACCAGCAGCUCCAUGUUCCCGCCCUCCAUCUGCUCCAGUAAGUGUCAUCUCCUCGGUCAAUGGGACGUCUGUGAAUUUAGAAUGGGAUCGCCCUCUGGAUACCGGGGGUCGCAGUGACCUGCAGUACAGCGUGUUGUGUCAGAAAUGCUCAGGGGAAGGAUGGCCCUGUGAGGACUGUGCAUCCUACCCGGGAGGCGUCGGUGGAGGGAAGGCAGGCGGAGGAGCAAGUAUCGGGGCAGGAGGAGGAGGGAUGGUGGAGCGUUCAGGCACUGCAGCAGUUCGAUUUGUUCCUCGACAGACCGGGCUGACGGAGCCCUGGGUGACGGUGCUCAACCUGGUGGCUCACACCAACUACUCCUUCCGCAUCCUGGCUAUGAAUGCAGUGACGCACAUGAGCAAUGAGCCAUCACCUUAUGCCUUGGUCAACAUCACAACGAACCAGGCAGCCCCCUCUGAAGUGUUAGCGAUCCGCCAGGAGAACACCAGUCAGAACAGCGUGACUCUGCUGUGGCAUGAACCCGACCAGCCCAACGGAGUCAUCCUGGAGUACGACAUCAAAUACUAUGAGAAGGAUAAUGAAGAGCAGAGUUACUCCACUCUGAAGUCUAAAAAUACCAGCGCCCGGGUGUCAGGGCUGAAGCCGGGCACCAAGUACAUCUUCCAGGUCCGAGCUAGAACGUCCGCAGGCUGCGGACGCUUCAGCCAGAAUGUAGAGAUCCAGACUGGGAAAGCAGCUCCUCUGCGCUACAACACCAUGACCAUCGUCUGGAUCUGCAUGGCUCUGGUAUCCAGCCUGGUCACCUUUCUGGCCAUCAUCAUCUGCAGGAAACGGCAAGGCUACACUUUACCACACUACCCAUCGCUGCUACACUGUGGCUACAGCAAAGCCUUCCAGGACUCUGAUGAGGAGAAGAUGCAUUACCAGAACGGUCACGUGUCAUUCCCCGAUGCAAGGUUCUAUAUCGACCCGCACACAUACGAGGACCCCUGCCAGGCAGUCCAUGAGUUUGCCAGAGAAAUUGAAGCUUCCAGGAUCAAAAUCGAGAAAAUCAUUGGUUCAGGGGAGUUUGGGGAGGUGUGUUACGGACGUAUGAGACUCCCGGGGAAAAGAGACAUCCCAGUGGCCCUGAAGACCCUGAAAGCAGGAUACACCGAAAAGCAGAAGAGGGACUUCCUGGCUGAGGCGUCCAUCAUGGCCCAGUUCGACCACCCCAACGUCAUCCGCCUGGAGGGAGUGGUAACUCAGAGCAAACCGGUGAUGAUCAUCACAGAGUACAUGGAGAACGGCUCUCUGGACUCCUUCCUCAGGAGACACGAUGGCCAGUUCACCAUCAUCCAGCUGGUUGGGUUGCUGCGCGGCAUUGCAGCAGGUAUGACCUACCUGUCUGACCUGGGCUACAUCCACAGAGACCUGGCUGCCCGCAACAUCCUGGUCAACAGCAACCUGGUGUGUAAGGUGUCUGACUUCGGCCUGUCCCGAGUACUGGAGGAUGACCCCGACGCUGCAUACACCACCAGUGGUGGGAAAAUCCCAAUCCGCUGGACAGCCCCUGAGGCCAUUGCCUACAGGAAGUUCUCUUCGUCCAGUGAUGUGUGGAGCUACGGAGUGGUCAUGUGGGAGGUGAUGUCCUAUGGAGAGCGACCAUACUGGAACCUCACCAACAGAGAUGUGAUCAAAUCUGUGGAGGAGGGCUACAGGCUGCCUGCUCCUAUGGGCUGCCCUGCUGCUCUACACACACUCAUGCUGGACUGCUGGCAGAAGGAUCGCAAUGAGAGGCCACGCUUUUGCCAGAUAGUCACCGUUCUUGACAAGCUAAUCCGCAACCCAGAGAACCUGAAGUCUUUGGACACACUCUGCAGCAGUUUAAACAGUCCUCCGCUGAUGGAGAGAGCUAUCCCUGACUUCAGUAGCUGUAACUCAGUAAACGAGUGGCUGGACACCAUAAAGAUGGGCCGCUACAAGGACCACUUUGCAGCAGGGGGAUAUCACACGCUGGGACACGUCAUAGGCAUGAACCAAGGGGACAUCCAGAGGCUCGGCGUGACACUGAUGGGCCACCAGAAGAAGAUCAUGACCAGCGUCCAGCUGAUGAGGGCGCAGGUCCUCAACAAGAGUGUGCCGUCUGUGCACGUAUAACUCCACAGCUGAGGUGUCUUUCUGGGGAAAUCUAGGAACCCAGGUUUCUAUAAGGCCUAGAUGGACUCUAAUGGAAUUUAAGAUGAUCUGAUAAAUGUCAGAACAACAUAUGUGGGAACUUUACAAGACUUUUUCCUCAAGAGAGAGAAGAACAAAACAUGAAAGGUUUUAACUGUGGAGCAAGUAAACAUGGCUUAUUUGGGACAAGUCCGAUCUUUCAUUUUUUUUCCUAUCCGAUUACAUUUUCUGAGUUUAAAUGUCUUGUUUAUAAAUGGAAAGACUGCCUUAAUUACCACAAAUUAUU